CUCUACGCGACGGUGGCCGCCGGUCGGUGAACGCUCACGCUCGGCUCGCAGUCCUCCCUCCGCUCCGACGCACAGCUGUAACGUCCGCGAUGCGUUCCCUCGUUUACAUCGCUGCCGCGCUGUCGCUUUCUAACUAUGUCUACUCGGCACGUAUACUUGGGUUGUUCCCUCACACGGGCAAGAGUCACCAAAUGGUCUUUGAGCCUUUGCUAAAAACUCUCGCCGAGCGCGGCCACCAUGUAACCACGGUGUCUUUUUUCCCGCUGAAAAACCCUCCAGCUAAUUACACCGACGUCAGCCUCGAAGGUAUCGCUCAACUUGGAGUCGAAACGAUGGACUUACAAAUAUAUGAAAACCCGCCCAGUUUUUUAAGGUAUUUGGGUGUGGAUGUAGAGCGGAUGGUGAAACAAGCAAUGGAGUUUGCGCCGCUAGCUGAUAUGGCUUUAAAUGUUUGCCGGAAACUGGUGGACUGGCCGGCGUUAACGAGUGCCUUAAAAAAGGAUUACGACUUAGUGUUAGUUGAGAACUUUAACAGUGAUUGUAUGCUAGGUCUAGCCCACGUUUACGGUAUAAAAGCCCCUAUUGUAGCACUUUUAUCAAGUGGAGUGAUGCCGUGGUCGCCAGGACGGAUUGGCCUGGCUGAUAACCCGUCGUAUGUCCCUGUUGUCAGCACUGCAUUUCUCGAUAGAAUGACUUUCAUUGAACGUCUGGAGAAUACAUUGUUACAAUUUUACUUUAAGUGGUGGUAUAGAUAUGAAAUCCAGGUGAAAGAACAGGAGAUUAUUGAAAAGCAUUUCGGCAGGAAGAUAACGGAUUUGUCGGAUUUGGGGAAGAAUAUAUCUUUGAUGUUGUUGAAUACUUUUCACGGUUUGAACGGAGCAAGGCCACUCUUACCCGGGGUGGUGGAAGUCGGCGGUAUGCAUUUGGAUCACAAUAAGAAAACAAUACCACCGUAUAUCGAGAAAUUUCUGAACGAGUCUUCCGAAGGCGUGGUCCUGUUCAGCUUCGGCUCUCUGAUCAAGACCGCGUCAAUACCGAAGUACAAAGAGGAGAUCAUCAUCAACGCCCUGUCCAAGCUGAAGCAGCGGGUGGUGUGGAAGUACGAGGAAAGCGACGAGGAGGGCACCAUCACUGGGAACAUCAUGAGGGUCAAAUGGAUACCGCAGUCAGAGUUGCUGAGGCACAAGAAAGUGUUGGCGUUCAUAGCGCACGGAGGUCUGCUGGGCAUGACCGAGGCGAUAUUUGCUGGCAAGCCAAUGCUAGUAGUGCCGUUCUUUGGAGACCAACCACAGAACGCAGCGGUGGCCGAAGCAGCUGGACUGGCCAAGGUCUUGUCGUACGCGGAUUUGUCGGAGAAAUCAAUGCUUGAGGGGCUGCAAAGCGUGCUCAGCGCAGAAAUGCGUAUCAGCGCUCGUUGGGCUUCCGAAAUUUGGCAAGACAGACAAAACGAGCCGCUGGAUACAGCGGUCUACUGGACGGAGAGGGUGCUCCGCUGGGGGCAGCAGGCGCCCCUCCACUCGGGCGCCAGGCACCUCGCCUUCCACGAAUACGCGCUACUCGACGUCGCUGCCGCCUUGCUGGGGACCAUCGUGCUGUCUAUCCUUCUACUACAUUACACAAUCUUCACCCUUAUCCCUAAAACAAUAAGUGCUAGUUUCGGUAAAGAAAAAAAGAAGAUUCAUUGAUGUUUAACUGUGGUCCAGGGUCCGGGUGACGUAAUAGGUAAUUUUAGUGAUACCUACCUAUUUAGUCUAGUAACACAUUGUUACUUAGGUAAGUAUGUAAAAUGUGGGAUGAAUUAUAAAAUUUACCUAUAUUUGAGUUGUCUAUGUUCACGCGACACAGUCAAAUUCAUAGUCUGUAUUAUAUAAAACGCUUCAAUGAAUGUAGGCGAAAAUGAUAAUAGAUCUGCCGUCCCAAAUGUAUAAAAAAUCUUAAUCGUAUAAAAUUUAUUGCAUCAAUAGAUAGAUGAAUAUGCCAAUGUCUAUUUUACCACUAAAGGUACUAAAAUUUUAUAUUAAGAAUUAACAAAACUGUCCCAGUAAAUAAUAGUUACCUACUUAUAUUUAAUGUUAUUAGCAGAAUUGUGUAGUGUGUAGGUGGAUAAUCGUUAACUUGUGGUCUCGGUUAGAUAUUAACCAGUUCCUAAUAUUAUCUUAUACUGUAUAUUUGAAAUUUACGCGCAAGAAGGGUAGAUAAUAUUAAAAUAAGUGUAUUGUGUUGUGAUAAAAAUAUUUUUACAGAGAUUUGUCUUCGAUUAUAUAUGAAUACAUUAUUCGAACGUAGCAAAACUAGCAAAUUUAUACCUACUGUAGACAUAUUUUUUAGACUUGCUGGUUUGUUUGAACAUUAACUGUAGACGACUGUUGCCUUAUCAAUAUCUAGGAGACUUGGUUAUCUCAAUUAGAAAAGCGAUGAGUAAUUGCCGGUUAAUGUAAAAUAACUAAAAUAAUAUACUAAAAGGCUUUCAUUAGCUGAUGCAGCAUUCUGAUGUCGACACAGAGAAUUAAAUUAGUAUGUACCUAGGUGUUAAGAGCCCAUCAACGUGCACACUAGAAAUAAACAUGAUUAUUUAAAUUUAACGAAAGAUAUUUAAAAAAAGGGGGCCGCUACGUACUAUUUUAAAUUUAAAUUGGUACUCUUUGAAUACAUUAAACUAGUUUUUAUGUUGCUGGAUUCAUCGAUCUAUGAACUUUCAGUUUUCAAAACAAAAACGGCCGUUUUAACUUUGGACACAUAGAUUGACGAAUCCAGCAACAUAAAAACUAGUUGGAUGUAUUCAAAAGGUACUUAAAUACAAAAUACAAUCAUUACAGUAAUUACCUAUAUGCACAGAAUAAAUAAUAGUACUACCGUACAGAGAGGAAACUUCCUACAAAACCGAAGUUUGCCAGCGGUUCAGGGUCGAAUCAUGCUAUUCCUUUCUAAUAUAUGGCACUUUCCCUUUCGGUUAUUUAGAGUUGUCAAAAUUCAAGCCAUUAUCUUAUCUGUGGUCGUGCACGCAAAGGGACGUCAAGUUGUGUCAACCCUAAUAAUUGCUCGGAGCUAUGCUGAGCCGAGCGGAGCAGAGUUUGACCGAAGUCAGGAGUUUUGCACCCCUGAUAGCGGCCCCCUUUUUUAAAUACCUGUCGAUAAAUUUAAAUAAUCACGAUUAUUUAGCAGUGGCGCUAGUGUGCACGUUGAUGGGCUCUUAAUGAUAGUUUAAAUAUUCAACCAAGUCUCUUUCUUCUAGGACCUAGUCUCCCCAAUUUGCCUUACAUUAGGUAUGCUGUUGUUGCAUUUUCAUCAUAUUCUUACAGUCGGGUACUACCUAACCAAUCUAACCAUAGGUAUUAAACAAAGGGGUCUUCGGUCCCUAGUAAGUAGUUAUAAGCACAAUUUUCAAUCAUUUAAAAUUUCUAACAAUACAUAAGGUUUACUCGGGUAAUUCCGAAUGUCGAAAACCGUCGGAUAAUUCCGAAAAGAGACUUUUAUUAUGAUGGAAUUAAGGGUGAUUUUCAUCUGAAUUUCGGAAUUAUCCGACAUUCGGUAAUACCCGAAUACACCUUAUAAGCAAAUACCUGACCAGCAUUUCCAGUUGGUUCUGCUUCUAUAAAUAAAAAUAAACACUUAAUAGUUUACACCUUAGCCGAAUUAUUUAUAAUGAUGUUUUGUUUUUAGGUAGUAACAUUAUGCCAAAAAUAAAAAAGGGAUACCAUUUAU